CCUGCGUGAUCAUGACGCAAGGGGUGGCGACGUGGAAAUAUGGUGGAGAGGAGUAACCAAAGCAAAGUUAGCUGCCUCAUAUUGCCCAGAAUUGAUUAUCAUUCUUCAAUAUUUAUAGGUGAAUAGCAUAUCGAUCGGACAUUGAUCGCCGCCCGCAGGCUUGUGAUACGUAGAGGGACUGAAGAAAGCUAAGGCUGCCACGACAACACCAAGAAGAAACAUAUGACAGAUUCAGUUCAUCACUAUCUGAUGAGGCAGUGAGGCGAGGUUCUUGCUGCUGAGAGACACUCGGGGGGGGGGUCGUCUCAGGGGGAGGGGAGAGAGACAGACGGAGAGAUGGGAGCCAACACCAGCCAGGUCAGUGACCUGUCUGAGAACCCCAGCCUCAGGACUCUGGUGGGCACCGAGUCCGUGUCGCAGAACGAGCCCUUCUGGAACCAGCUCAUCUCCUUCACCUUCAUCAGUCCCGCAAACAGUGGAGACUCAAAGAUACUAGAAGAGGCAGUCAUCCCUCUGGCAAAGACCCUCAUUGAAAAUAACCCCAGGACGGGGAACUUUGGCACGUUAAUAAAAGUUUUCCUCAGUAGAACCAAAGAGUUGAAGAUCUCCACAGAAUGCCAAGAUCAGUUGUUCAUUUGGCAGGCCCACAAUGCACUGUUCAUGAUCCGCUGUCUGCUCAAAGUGUUCAUCCGAGAGAUGAGCGAGGAGGAACUGCACCAGCAGUUCUCCUACCAGGAGAGGGCGACAAACUCCACAGGAGAAGGAGGCGGUGAAGACCUACUUGAGGAGCUGAUGUCCAACCUAGUGCACCUCAUCGUUGAAGUUCCCCUGCUGGACAUCACCUACAGCAUCCUGUUUGAGGCGGUGACCACGCUGCUAGUCCUUUUCUCCUACCAGCUCUUCCAGAAGGACAUCCUUCGGGACGGUAUCAUCUACCAGCACAUCAUGAAGGGCCGAUGUCUGUCCCUGACCAGCCGGCUGGUGAAGACGCUGCUCUACAACUUCAUCAGGCAGGAGAAGUGUCCGCCGCCCGCCACGCACAUCUUCCAGCCCCACGGAGAGGAGGGAGUCUCUGUGUCUCUCGCUCUCUUGUCUGUUUCUAAUGGACACUAA